AUGUCCACACAGGAUAGCAACUUUUGCUUCCCUCUGCCUCCAUUUCUAGAGAGCGACAAGGUUAAACUCGUACCUCUCGUUCCUUCGGAGCAUGCUCUUCCUGUGUUCAAACAAAUGCAAGCAUAUCCUCGGGUAUUCGACCUGCUACCCAUGGAACCCUUUGCAGACUUGGACGCGUUCACAAACGGCUACCUCGCGAACAUCCGCGCCGACUCUGGAUCAGUCACCUUUGUCAUCUUUGACAAAACCAAGGCCGCACUGCCUGUGGCGGGCAUCAUCGGUCUCACACAUACAUCCGUCACAGAUCUACAGACCGAGAUCGGGUGCGCGAUCGUCUUCCCGCCGUUCCAGCGCACGCACGUCACCACGCACGCCGUCGGGCUGCUGCUGCACUAUGCACUGGACCUACCAGCGUCGAGCGGACUCGGCCUGCGGCGCGUAUCCUGGCGCGCGAAUUGGCUGAACAAGGCAAGCGUGCGUACGGCGGAGCAAAUGGGGUUCGUAUUCGAAACGGUCUUGAGGUGGAACCGCGUAUUUCCUCCUGGAAAAGUGGCCGUUAGUGCUGGAAAUGGGAGGCAAUUAAGAGGGGGCGAUCCAAGAGCAGGGUGUCCUGGUGUUGACAGCGUCGUAUUGGGUUUAUGUUGGGACGAUUGGGAGAAUGGCGUCAGAGAAAAGGUCGUUACAGCUAUGGCAAGAAUGUAUUGA